CAGCAGCAGCAGCAGCCCGGACGAACGGACGGAGUGCGCAAGGCAUGCCCGCCUUGAAGCGCCUGCUGAGAGCCAGGCUGGGUAGGCGCUGCUCCGCCGCCUUCUGCCUCUUCUGGGCGGCGUGCGGGGCGGCAGGGGGCGUCUUCUUCUUCUUAGCGCACGGCGGCGUCCUCCUCUCCGGGCGCUGCACCGACGAGCAGAGCCACAGGAUCCUGGCCAGGCUGUGCCUUGACUAUAGAAAAGGAGCCUUGACAGGAGACCUUUGCGAAGACUUGUGUGUGGCACAGAAGUUGAUAUACAAGCGCUGCCUUUAUUACGACAGAGGUAAGAAGGUCAUCCAAGCUGACUGGAGAGGCCGCCCAGUGAUCCUGAAAUCCAAAAAUGGAAUCUUCUCUAGCUACCACCACCUUGGCUUUCUGGAGGAAAUGGAACCGCAGGGUAUUCCAGAUGCAGAGCUCCUCCUGAUGGUCGCGUUGGAGAUCAAGAAUGUUCUGGGUCUAGAACUUCCUAAUAACACUGUGGUGCCUUUGUGGACGAAGGGGAGGGGCCCACACUGGAAAGCACAGCUGGCUAGCAUGUGGUCCCUACUCCAACAAGAAGAAUAUAUUUACUUCAGUGUGCUGCAAGACUUCAGUAAACAUGUCCUAAGGGUCAUUGGCUCCUGUGGCCACUUCUAUGCUGUGGAGUAUCUGACCGCUGGGCAUACCUGGCAAAAAACUCUCUUUUCUGUGGAAGAUGCGGUCGGCGUUUCCUUUUCUGGGAUUAAAAGCAAGGCUAAGGCCAUCACCGAAAUUGCCAUAAGCUUCCUGGAUAUGGUAAAGCAUUUUGACAAUGACUUUUCUCACCGGCUUCAUCUCUGUGACAUCAAGCCGGAAAACUUCGCCAUCCGAAGUGACCUGACGGUGGUGGCUAUUGACGUAGACAUGGCUUUCUUUGAACCGAAAAUGAGAGACAUCCUUGAGCAGAACUGCACAGGCGAUGAAGACUGUAAUUUUUUUGAUUGCUUUUCAAAGUGUGACCUGAGGAGCAGAAAAUGUGGAGCAGAGAGAGCCAAUAACAACCUCCAAGUCAUCUGUGAAAAAAUAUUCCGGCCCUGGUUUUCUCUCAGCUUCAUGGGAUCUGCCGUCUCCUUUCCCCUACAGCUGCAGUUACAGAAGGCGGUGCAGGAUUGUGCAGAAGCCAGCACCAAGGACAUUGGCCAUCAUCAGAGCCAUUCUUCACAUUUUCUUUCUGAGUUAUACCAUUUGCUUCAAGCCAGUCAAAAGGAACUUCAGAAAUCCGGUAGCUACCCUCAUCAAAUUCACCAAUGAUUACUAUUCAGGGAAGAAGGACUUUCUGUUUUUCUUCUUCCAUUCAAUAGAAUUAAUUUCCACUUAAUGACUUCUGACUGUGCUUUUCAAAACUGUGAUUUGAAGAGCUAGCGUGUUUAUUAUUAAUACUCUUUGAAAUGCAAAAACAUUUUUUAUUGGACUCUGUUUUUGUUUCAUUCCUGAACCCAUGCUGCUUCUCCCCUGCUGUUAUUUUGCAUUAUAUUGUUUAUCCAAAAAGCAGCAGCACCCGUCCAAACUAAUGUCUGACCCAAGGGUGGAACAACAUUUAAAUUUCAGAUGUGUUUUGGAGAUGGAGGAGGGGGGGAGAACAGCUUUGCAAGAUUAAUUCUAGUUUGAAAGUAAAGAGCUGGGGUGGUCAGCUAAUUAAUGUUUUAUUCAAUAGAGAUUGUGUAGACUAAGAUCUUUGUUAGCAAGAAAGGGAAUAGAUAUUGGAACGAAGGAUAGUUUUCUCGCUGCCUGCCACCCAUCGCCAUUUAAGUCAAAACAGACUAAUAAUGUUAGUGGUUACAAUAAAACUGUUUUGCCCAUUGA